AUGGAGGCCGAAGAUGGACGCCGCCACAAGCGGAGGCGCUCGCGUUCGCCAUCGCCCAGAGAGCGAAGUGGGGGCAGCAGCAGAAGGAGGUCGAGGGACAGAGAGGACCACAGGCACGGCGGCAGCAGGCGAAGCGGCAGGCGGGGUGAGGAUGUGAGGUCAACAUCGCGAGAUGAUGAGCGACAUCACAGGGGCGACUGGCACAGGAGGGACCACGAACGUCCAAAGGCAGAGGAGCGGGAGCCCAAACGGCAUCGUCGAGCCGAAGAGGCCGUUCACGCUGCUACAGAUGAGAAUUCGAAAGUGGCGGCAGCACAAACGGAAGACGACGAGAGCAGGUGGAACCGAGCGUGGGACGAGCUGUUGUUUUCACCGCGCGACCUCUACCCCAAGGGCUCGCAGGCGUAUCAUGACUUCAGAGAGUUCUAUCGAAAGUACAGGCAAUUCAGCAAACGCGAGAGGAGCGCCAAAGAGCAAAGGCCAAAAGAGGAGGACAGAGACAGAGCCAGCGCCGAGCAGGAGAACGCUCUGGGUCUCCCUACGCCCUAUGACCAGCGAUACCGCGUCAAUUUUGCAGUCCUGAGUGCCAAGGGGCCGGUGAUGAUCAAGGACGAGGAGUUCCAGGAAGUCAAGAAGGCCCUCCAUCUCUACGAGGACUUCCGGCAGAAGGAAAAGUUCGCCAAGACACUCAAGAUCCAGAGCGAGCGGGCCGGCUUGCCGAUUGCCCAAUACCGCCAGGAGAUCAUCGACGCCGUGCGGAACCACCAAAUCACUCUCGUCGCCGGCGACACCGGUUGCGGUAAAUCGACGCAGGUGUGUCAGUACCUGCUGAGCGGAGGCAUGCGCAAGAUCGGCUGCACGCAGCCGCGACGGAUAGCAGCCAUGUCCCUCUGCAAGCGAGUCGCCUUUGAAACGCUCAAUGAAUACGGGUCACGCAUUGCGUACCAAAUUCGCUUCGAGUCCUCCAAGACCCUCGCUACCGACGUCGUGUUCCUCACCGAAGGCGUGCUGCUCAGACAGCUGGCGAGCGACCCGCUGCUGAUGGACUACGACGUGCUGAUCAUGGACGAGGUGCACGAGCGGCACAUCCACGCCGACUUCCUGUUGGGCCUCCUUCGCGAGCUCAUCGCCAAGCGACCCGAACUCAAGCUCGUGCUGAUGUCCGCCACGAUCAACCUGGAGCUCUUCUCGGAGGCCUUUCCCGGCGCUCCCGUGAUACGGGUGCCCGGGCGGAUGUACCCGGUCGAGGUGGAGUUCGUGCCGCUGCCCGAGGACCAGCUGCUCUACAAGGACCUGGCCAAGCCAGCCUCGGCCGCCGACGCCGAAGCAACGGCCGCCGCGCCCGAUGUCGCGCGGCCGCUGCCAAAGGCCGGAGGCCCGCUCAAUCCCAAGCCCUACCUGGCCAUCAUGCAGCGCAUCGACGAGCAGUUCCCUCAGGAGGAGCGCGGCGACUUGCUGAUAUUUGUGAGCGGGAUGAGCGACAUCAUGUGCCUGGCGGAGGAGAUGCGGGGGUACGCGGCGACGACGCGGCGGUGGAUCAUCCUCCCGCUCCACUCGGCGCUGUCCGUGGAGGACCAGGAGAAGGUGUUCGACCCCGUCGAGGAGGGCGUGCGCAAGUGCAUCAUCUCCACCAACAUCGCCGAGACCGCCAUCACCAUCAACGGCAUCCGCUUCGUCAUCGACUCUGGGAAGGUGAAGGAGAUGGGCUACGACGCGGAGACCAAGAUGUCGUCGCUGCAGAGCUUUUGGAUUUCGCGCGCGUCGGCCGAGCAGCGCAAGGGCCGCGCCGGCCGCACGGGUCCGGGCGUGUGCUACCGCCUCUACUCGCAGGAGAUCUACGCCCACCUCCUCGCCUACUCCAUCCCCGAGAUCCAGCGCAUCCCCCUCGAGUCGAUCAUUCUUCAGAUGAUCGCGAUGGGAGUGCGGGACCCGCGGGAGUUUCAGUACAUCGAGCGGCCGUCGGACGACAAGCUGGAGGCGUCGCUCUUCAACCUGCAGCAGCACCAGGCCGUCACCGGCUGCCGCGACGGCACCUACCGCCUAACCCCGCUCGGCGGGAUGCUGGCUCAGCUGCCCGUCGACAUCCCCGUGGGCAAGAUGCUCGUCUUGGGCUCGUUGUUCCGCAUUCUCGAUCCUGUGCUGACCAUGGCGGCGGCGCUGACGGUCCAGUCGCCCUUCGUCACCCGCGGCAACUUCGAUUCCACUGCGCGCCACGAGUUCGAUUCACCGCACGGUGAUGCCUUCACGCUGCUGAACCUCUUCGACCAAUGGAUCAAAGUCAAAACGUCCAAACCUCGCUCAUCUCGCAGCUGGUGUCGGGCGCAUUCGGUGGAGGAGCAGCGCAUGUACGAGAUCGCCAAGCUCAAGGGCCAGUUCAAGGACAUCCUCCUCGACAACGGCCUCCUCGCCUCCCGUGCCGAUGAAGACGACGACGAGUCCGGCAGCGACCCGCGUGGAUUCGGCCAGCCGUCGCAGCGCGAUCGGCGACGAGACAUUGCACGCAAGCGGCGGCAGCUUCGUCUGCUGCAGCGUGAACGCGAGAGCUCCCGCAAGAAGCGCGUCCUCCGAUUCGACGACGAACUCGCCGGCCAGCAGCAGCCGCCGCCGGCCGACGCCGACUCCGAUGCCCAGCAGCCGCCGUCCCAGGGCCAGCCCCAGCCGGGCGACUCGAAGAAUGCGAAAAAGGCCGACGGCGCGGCGGCGGAAGAGGAACGCGACGACGAGACGGAGGUGGACAUCCGAGAGCUGGACUUUAUGCUCACGCACGACCUGGACCAGCUGAGCCGGGACUCGGCGCGCGAGCUGUCGCUCCACGACAUCAACCUCCUCAAGGUCAUCCUCGCCUCUGGGCUGUACCCCAACAUCGCCGUUGCCGACGAACUCAACUCCGUGCGGCGCGACAGCGACCAACUGUUCCACACCAGGUGGAAGGAGUUCGUGAUCCUGCACCCGACCAGCGUGUUCGGGAGCGAGGCCAAGCAGAUCACGCUCACCGACCUGCUGGCCUACGUGUCGCUCCUGGAGACCAACAAGCCCUACGCCGUCAACGUCACCCGCUGCCCGGCCCUGCACACGCUCCUCCUCUUUGCCAACACCAUCGACACGACGGCCGAUUGCUCGCGGCUGGCGGUCGACAAUUGGCUGGAGAUCGAACUCAGCAGCAGCAAAACGGGCGAGCGUCUGCUUUUGGUGAUCCAUCAGCUGCGGCUGCUGCUGCAGAACUUUCUCCACCGGAAGCUGGCCAGCAAGCGCCAGCGGCGACGAGGGCGUAGCGGCGGCGGCGGCGGCGACAACGACGGCGGGACGGGUGAAGUGCGGGAGGGGGAAGAGGAGGAGAUCGUGCCCGACGAGCUGCGAGACACGCUGCUGGCCGCCGCCGCCGACGAGCAGCAGGCGGCCGCGCUUCCUCCGCCGCCCAACGCGCCGCCCACCAUCGUCCGCAUCCACCGCGAGAGCCGCGACCACACCAUCGCCUGCGACGAAGACCAGCUCUCGGGCAAAUUGGCGGAAUUCCUGGACACAGCGAUCUCGUUCAAGAUGGGCCGCAUCAAGCCCUCCGAGUUCCACGCCAUGUUCUUCACCGUCGCCAGCAAGGCCACCGAGGACCAGGCCCAGGCCGCCAACCAGGCCAAGGACGCCAUGGAAGAGCUCGAAGCGAUCAGGGCGAGGGAGCACGCCGACUUUGAGUCGACGAAGGGCGGGUGGCGCGUCAACGCCUACCUCCGCUUUGGCAGCCUGCGCCAGCACAAGACCAUCGCCGCCGGCUUCACCGGCUCGCACCUCCGCAAGCACUGGAAGUGCGAGACGUGCGGCGGCAGCUUCAUCUUUGCGCUGGAGGACAUUGCGGCCCACCAAGCCGAGUGCGGCAAUAAGAAGGGCAAGGAGAAGGCCGACGACGACGACGACGACAACUCGGCGCCCAAGCCAGCGGCAGCCACCACUGACGCUAGUGGAAGCGGCGGCGGCGGCCUAAAGGAGAGCGACAGCGGGUGGCUGUGCCCCGUGUGCCAGAAGCGCUAUGACUUGACCCCCAUCCAGAUCCUCAAGCACAAGAAGACCCACACCUGA